AAAGAAAAUCACAUAAGUACCCCCCGAGUCAGUCAAAGUGUCAAACACCCAAUAGUUGAAGAAAAUGCUCUCUUAUACCCCCAGAAAUAAUCUUCAGAGAUUGCUACUCCAGUUGUAAAUAUCCCCUUUACUGUUUGAUCGCGAAUGGAAUUUUACCAAAAACUGGCAACAUGUUCUCAUUUGUCGCUUUUGUGCUUCAUCCUCUUACAUUCCAUUCAAGUUCAAGGUAGCUACUUUGAUCAAGAAUAUGGUAAGCAGGUACUGAGCUCAGCAAUACAAGAUAAAGAUUGGUUAGUAUCCAUAAGAAGGAUAAUUCAUGAAUACCCAGAACUCAGAUUCCAAGAAUAUAACACCAGUGCUCUCAUUCGUACUGAACUUGAUAAACUUGGCAUUUAUUAUGAAUACCCUUUUGCCAAAACUGGUCUUGUUGCUCUAAUUGGCAGCAGUUCUCCUCCUGUUGUUGCUUUACGAGCUGAUAUGGAUGCCCUUCCUCUCCAGGAGCUUGUUGAAUGGGAGCAUAAGAGCAAAGUUACUGGCAAAAUGCAUGGAUGUGGACAUGAUGCCCACACGGCGAUGCUUCUUGGCGCUGCUAAGCUGCUGAAUGAGCGAAAGGACAAACUUAAUGGAACGGUAAGACUUGUUUUCCAACCUGCGGAGGAGGGAGGAGCUGGUGCAUAUCAUAUGAUCAACGAAGGGGCUCUAGGUGAUGCAGAAGCUAUAUUUGGAAUGCAUGUUGAUUUUAAAAGACCUACAGGGAGCAUCGGUACUAGUCCUGGGCCGAUUUUAGCUGCUGUUUCCUUCUUUGAGGCAAAAAUAGAAGGAAAAGGUGGGCAUGCUGCAGAACCCCAUGCUACUGUGGAUCCAAUACUUGCUGCAUCAUUUGCAGUUGUGGCAUUGCAGCAGCUCAUCUCAAGAGAAGUAGAUCCCCUUCAUAGUCAAGUUCUUUCUGUUACUUAUGUCAGAGGUGGAUCAGCAUCAAACGUAAUUCCGCCUUAUGUUGAAUUUGGGGGAACUCUGAGGAGUCUUACAACUGAAGGCUUGCUUCAACUUCAAAAGAGGGUGAAAGAGGUAAUUGAAGGACAGGCUGCUGUGCAUAGGUGUAAGGCGUACAUUGACAUGAAAGAGGAGGAUUUCCCAGCAUAUCCAGCUUGCAUAAAUGAUGAGCGCUUACAUCAACAUGUAGGGAGGGUUGGCAAACUCCUGCUUGGUUCCGAGAACAUCAAGGAAACUGAAAAGGUUAUGGCAGGUGAGGACUUUGCCUUCUAUCAAGAAUUGAUCCCUGGAGUUAUGUUUCAAAUUGGAAUCAGAAAUGAAAAACUGGGCUCUACCCACGCUCCACACUCCCCUCACUUCUUUCUCGAUGAGGAUGUCCUGCCAAUUGGAGCAGCGUUGCACACAGCCAUAGCAGAGAUGUAUCUGAAUGAUUACCAACAUCCCAUUGCGGUUUAGAUAAUUUACAUUGUUGUUAGUUAAAUGUUCCAAUCACUACUCAUACAUUCUGUGCAUUGUAUAUGUUAUAACGAUUAACAAUUAAAUUGAAAGUGAUGACUGUCUGUUCAGGUAGUUCAUUUGC